CUUUCAGAGCACUUCAUCCAGUUCUGAGGAUUUCCGUUGGAGUCACUGCUGUGUGUUAGUCUUCGGUCAAACUCUGGUUUGAGUAAUUCAGCGACGGCCUAUAUUGUGAAGAACUCAUCUUGCGCUGUAUCUCAGCUGAAAUACACUCCUACUGCAUGGAAUAGAACACGCUGAAGGAUUGCUCUCCAUGGUUUCUGCCUUAAUCAAGACCAUAUCAUCCUACAUUGAAAAGAUUUGCAAAGGAAUGUUUACAAAGAAGUUGGCAAAACGAAAAGAAAGAAUUGAAAAUAAAGAGCCUUUAUCAAGUGAUUUGCCAGCACAUAAUCCAACUCUUUCAACCACUUUGAAGACUACAGUUAAGAAGAUCUCUAAAUGCUCUUCGACGCGUAAUAUAUCGCUUGACGAAGACGGUAGCCAGGACGACUGUUCCUCCCUCUCCCCCACCUUUAGCUAUCGUGUGGCGAUAGCAAACGGACUCCCUAAAAAUGUCCUUCUUUUAAAUAACAAUGAUCGCAGCUACCCAGAGUUCCUUUCAGUCAACAGUUGCUAUCCGGACUCUGUGAUUGCCACAAAACCCAUCCGCAGACUUAAUGAACACAAAUCUCACACAAUGCCAGUAAGACGAAACAGGAAGAGCCUCAUCAGCUUGGCUCCUUCUGACGGUAGCUCAGAGGGCGAGCGCGUGGAGCGCUCCAGUUUGCACACGCUGCGCCUGGGAGCCCUGCGCAAGCUGAGGAAAUGGAAAAAGAGUCAGGAAUGCGUCUCCUCCGAUUCGGAGGUGAGCAACUGGAGGAAGACCCUGGGCAUUCGGAGCAAGUCCCUGGACCGGGCCGGGCGGCACCAGAAGAGCUCGACCCUGGAGCCCGGCUCCUCAUCCACGGGCUGCAUCAGUGGCACCCAGGACGUCAUGGAGAUGAUCUUCAAAGAGCUGCAGGGAAUCAGCCAGAUAGAGACAGAGCUAUCUGAGCUACGGGGCCAUGUAAAUGCACUUAAAAGUUCUAUUGACGAGAUCUCCAGCAGCGUGGAGGUAGUCCAGAGCGAGAUCGAGCAGCUUCGAACUGGAUUUGUCCAGUCCAGGAGGGAGACACGGGACAUCCAUGACUACAUCAAACAGAUUAGCCACCAAACUAAUAAUGCAACACUAAAGUUCAUCAAUGUUCCAGAGGAAAGGUCAGAGAAAACAGAGGUUCUUAUCUAUAAAAUUCUAAAAGAUAAAUUAGGAUUUAUAGAUGCGCAUAAAACUAUCAAAAUCGAACUAGCUCAUAGGUUAGGGCAACAAAGAGAAUGUUCCAAUGCAAAACCUCGCCCUAUAAUCGUUAUUUUUGCAACGCCCCAAGAGCGGGAUUUAGUCUUAAAAAAAUGCUAUAAACUUAAAGGUACAGGUAUAACUGUUACUACUGAUAGUAUAGCUACUGAAGGCAAGGAAAAAAAAGACAAAGCCAUGUCUUUAUCACAAACUUACGAAAGUAUGGAUAUAAAGAUCUCAGGCAAGGAUAAGGUAGUAGAGAGCGACGACUGGGACUCUAUGGACAGCGAUAAAGAGCUAGAGGAGUUAAGCAGGAACAAAUAUGCAAUGGUCGUUUCGAAGCCCGCUCACAAAAGUAAAUCGGAGAAGAGGAGGUCCCAUGAUCAUAGUCGCUCAGAUGAAGCUGGAUACUCAGGCUCAGUUCACUAUGCUGAAGAUACCUACGAGGAAUCCGACAAGCAUUCAAAGGCAUACUACUCUGAUUUGACUCCUGGCUGGCUAUCACAGAGUGACUACUCUACUCCUAAACUAAGCCGUUCUGAGUCUGAUUGCUCAAAACUCUGCCAGUCAUACUCUGAAGACUUCUCAGAGAGUCAGUUCUUUACCAGAACAAACGGCGGGUCCCUGCUCUCCUCCUCGGAUCAAGAACUGUGGCAGAGGAAACAGGAGGAUAUGGCCUCUUCCUGGUAUGCUAGCCCUAGCCACCCUCUAAGCCAGGAGAACCCACCAUAUGCCGAACAUAACGAGGUUGAGACCACCGAAACGAUUGACAGCGGGGUGAGCAAUGGACUUGUCUGCAUUUCUGGGGAUAGAAGCCACUACAGCGGCUCCCAGCUCUCCUUACAGGGAGACCUUUCCCCCUGGAAAGACUGGCACCAUCUAGAACAAGGUGCUGAUUCUGGCCUUGAAGCCUCUAUUGAGGUAUGCAGCCCCUUUGACCCAUCAACUAUCCCUGGUUUCCCAGAGAAUAUAACUAAAUGCCAAGAGGUUGAUUUACAGUUUGAAGGGGAUGAAGAUUUUAUGAUGCUCGACAGAGACACUUCUCUACCACCGAUUACCACCCACAUCAUCCCUCAGCCAGUAGAAAGGGAACCUGUCACUAAAGCAUCUUCUCGUCAAUCAAAAGAAGGCUCUAAAAUGGUUGCCAAAGAAAACACAAAAGUUACAUCUAAAGAUGUUUCUAAGGCAACAUCUAAAGAGGUUUCUAAGGCUGCCUCUAAAGUUACCCAUAAAGGAACUAGCAAAGUGGUUCCUAAAGAGGAAAUCCCUCAAGUAUCUCUUAAGGAAGUCCCCAAGGUUGCUACUAAGGCUCCAUCUAAGGUGCCCUUGAAGGCCUCAUCAAGGAAAGAUUCCCUGAAGGACGUUCCUAAAACCCCUAAAGAAUCUGCUGUCAUUACCCCUAAAGAGAUUUCUAAAGUCACACCUAAAGAAGGCCCAAAAGCUCCCUAUAAAGAAACGACUAAGGUCAGCUCCAGAGCGACUCCUAAAGAGGCCGCUAAAGUCCCCGCAAAAGUAAUCCCAAAGGAAUUUGAGAUUGGGACCCCUAAAGCUAGUCCAAGACAGUCCCCAAAAGAAAGCCCCAAAGUAACACCAAUUGAAAGCCCUAUUUCCACUCCUAAACAAUCACCCAGAGAUUCACCUAAGGAAUCGCCUAGCGUCAUUGCUAAAGAGCCGCUAAUGUCUCCUAAAGAAGUCACCAAGGUGGCUUCUAAACUAACCUUUAAAGAGGGCCCAAAGGAGAUCCCUAAAGUAGCCUCUAAAGAAGCCCUCAAUAUUGCCCCAAAAGAAGCUUCAAAGAUAAUCGCCAUUGAGACACCAAAAGUAGUCCCCAAGGACACCCUAAACAUGGUUACUAAGGAGACUCCUAUGGUAACCCCCGCUACAGGCGCUCCAAAAGUUGAGCCUAAGGCCACUCCAACAGUCGAGCCAAAGGAUGCUGCAAAAAUGGCCUCAAAGGAAGCUCCUAAAGCCCUUACCAAGGUGGUCCCUAAAGGGUCUGUUAAAGAAAACCAUAACAAAUUUCCUGAACUUGAUGUCAAUCAUAGCUUCCACCAGAACCAGACUAAAUCGGCCACCAUGUAUCGCAGCCAGAGUGAGAUUCGGUCAGAGAAGGUGGACGAGCUCCCGAAGACCUGGAGCAGCAGGCUUAGUAUAGAUCUCAGUGAGAAGUCCUUUGGUUUCGGGUUUGGCUCUACACUGCAGAGGGCUAAAUCAGCACUGGAAGUCGUUUGGAAGUCUGGUGCCCCGCCUCCCUCUGCAACCUCGGCCCCCCCCGCCCAACCUGCCCCUGAGGAGCCGGCCACCUCCACUACCUUCAUGGGCCGGCUCCGCAGCAUGUCCACCUCCACUCCGAACGACUCCAGUACGACCACCACAGAGUCAGAUGUUCCCACGGAAACCUUCUCCUCAGACUCGGUGGCCGAGACAGGGGAUCCACCAGUGGAUGACGAGACGCACUAUGUAGAGGUGAUGGAGCAGGUGCUGGCCAACCUGGAGAACAGAACUAACGUCACCGACACGGAGGACGCGGAAGACGCGGAGGAGCCCACUCAGGAGUACGAGACGUCUCAAGACUACGACGAGUCCGACGAUAUCGAGGUGGAUGACAUAAUGGAGGAGGCAUCUGAAGUGUCUCAGAAAGUGGAUCAACAGCAGGAGGACGAAAACAGAAAUGUCCCAGAGGAGAAGCCGGCAGAAGUGGCGCCCAAGAAGCGCAUUCGUCCAACGUUCAAGGAGGCUGCGCUGAGGGCUUACAGGAAGCAGAUGGCUGAACUGGAGCAGCAGAUCCUAGCCGGAGACAGCAGUGAUUUGGACACUCAGCCCAGGGUGGUGGCGACCGAUGACAUGGAAGCCCCAAAAUACUGGGCCUGCAGACUGAAGGGUGAGGUUGGCAGCAUUCUUUAUGGAAUCGACAGCAUGCCGGAUUUACGCCGCAAGAGGACACUGCCUCUCGUCCGAGACCUGGCCUUGACCCUCGCUGCUCGAAAGGCAGGCAUCUCGUUUGCUCUGGUGAACCGCUCCACGCUGAACAAUGAGGACCUGAAACUCCACGUCUUCAAGAAGACCCUGCAGGCCCUGAUCUACCCCAUCUCCUCCACCACGCCGCACAACUUUGAGGUGUGGACGGCCACGGCGCCGACCUACUGCCAUGAGUGCGAGGGCCUGCUGUGGGGCAUCGCGCGCCAGGGCAUGCGCUGCUCCGAGUGCGGCGUCAAAUGCCACGACAAGUGCCAGGAUCUGCUCAAUGCAGACUGCCUGCAAAGGGCGGUGGAGAAGAGCUCCAAGCACGGCGCCGAAGACAAGACGCAGAACAUCAUCAUGGCGAUGAAGGAGCGCAUGAAGGUGCGGGAGAAGAACUGCCCCGAGGUGUUCGAGGUCAUCCAGGACAUGUUCCAGGUGCCCAAGGAGGAGUUUGGCGCACACCUGAAGACGGCCAAGCUGGCUGUGCUGGAGGGUACCUCCAAGUGGUCCGCCAAGGUCACCAUCACAGUCAUGUGUGCUCAGGGUCUCCAAGCCAAGGACAAGACCGGCUCCAGCGACCCCUACGUCACCGUCCAGGUUGGCAAGACCAAGAGAAGGACCCGCACCAUCUUCGGGAACCUAAAUCCCGUCUGGGAUGAAAACUUCUUCUUCGAGUGCCACAACGCCACCGACCGCAUCAAGGUGCGAGUGUGGGACGAGGACGACGACAUCAAGUCCCGCGUCAAGCAGCACUUCAAGAGGGAGUCGGACGACUUCCUGGGCCAGACCAUCAUCGAGGUCCGCACGCUCAGCGGGGAGAUGGACGUGUGGUACAACCUGGAUAAAAGAACGGACAAGUCUGCGGUGUCUGGUGCCAUCAGGCUGAAGAUCAGCGUGGAGAUGAAGGGGGAGGAGAAGGUGGCCCCCCCCCACGGCCAGUACACCUGUCUGCAUGAGAACCUGUUCCACUGCCUGACGGAGGUGCGCAACAGCGGGGCGGUGAAGAUCCCGGCGGUGAAGGGGGAGGAGGCGUGGAAGGUCUACUUUGACGACGUGUCUCAGGAGAUCGUGGACGAGUUUGCCAUCAGAUAUGGAGUGGAGUCCAUCUAUCAGGCCAUGACGCAUUUCUCCUGCCUGUCCUCCAAGUACAUGUGCCCCGGCGUCCCGGCGGUGAUGAGCAACCUGCUGGCCAACAUCAACGCUUACUUCGCCCACACCACCACCACCACCACCACCACCGCCUCCGCCUCCGACCGCUUCGCCGCCUCCAACUUUGGGAGGGAAAAGUUUGUAAAACUUCUGGACCAGCUGCACAACUCACUGAGGAUCGACCUGUCCAAGUACCGGGUAUGUACAUUAUAUAUAUGUUUGGGAUGGUACAUUGUUUUUCAAAGACUGUUUGUAAAAUAUGUGUACCAGGAUGCCGUUUGUCAUAAUAUGGAUAUGUCAUCCCAAGGCAAGCCCUGUACUUAUUCCAUAGGGACAUAUCACGGAGUGACGCGAGAAAAAUAUUGCAUAGUGGCACCGACACAUAAUUCACCAUCGCACGGGUUAUCGGAGACGAUGGAAUACAGCAUGGUAAGCCAGAUUCUGAAGGAGGACGAGAUGCGUGUGUCUGCUAACCCGUUGGCUUUCUCUCUUUGUGUGAUUGCAGAGCACGACAAGCACCGGAUAUGCAAGAGCACCGAGUACAUGAACCUGCACUUCAAAGUCAAGUGGUUCCACAACGAGUAUGUCCGAGACCUGCCGGCAUUCAAGACCAUCCCGCCCGAGUAUUCUCUGUGGUUUGAGCCGUUUGUGAUCCAGUGGCUGGACGAGAACGAGGACGCCGCCAUGGACUUCCUGAAGGGAGCUCUGGAGCAGGACAAGAAGAACGGAUUCCAGCAGACGUCGGAGCAUGCGCUCUUCUCCUGCUCCGUGGUGGACGUGUUCACGCAGCUCAACCAGAGCUUUGAGAUCAUCAAGAAGCUGGAGUGCCCCAACCCCCAGGCCCUGGCCCACUUCAUGUGCCGCUUCGCUAAGACUAUCAACAAGGUCCUUCUGCAAUAUGCUGCUAUUAUAUCCAAGGAUUACCCUUUGCAUCUAAGCAAGGAGAAUGUGGCCUGCAUCCUCCUCAACAACAUCCAGCAGCUUAGGGUGCAGCUGGAGAAGAUGUUUGAGUCCAUGGGAGGCAAGCAGCUGGACGCUGAAGCCAGUGAGCUGCUGAAGGAGCUGCAGAACAAACUCAACACGGUUCUGGACGAGCUCAGCGCCGUCUUCGGAUCAAGCUUCAGUCCGGUGAUCGAGGACUGUGUGAAGCAGAUGAACCAGGAGCUGGUCCAGAUGAAGGGCCAGGUGAAGGGCAGCAACCCCGCCAUGGACGCCGAGUCGGUGCUCAGACCGCUGAUGGAUCUCCUCGAUAAGAAUUUGAUGCUAUUUGCCAAGAUUUGCGAGAAGACCGUUCUCAAGCGAGUGCUCAAAGAGCUGUGGAAAAUUGUUCUGAACACCAUCGAGAGAACAAUUGUUCUGCCACCCCUCAAUGACCAGAGUCAAGGGGCUCAGAUGAUCUUCAACGCUGCCAAGGACUUGGGACAGCUGUCUAAACUGAAGGAGCAUGUGACGAGGGAGGAGGCCAGAAGCCUGACUCCACGGCAGUGUGCAGCCAUGGAUCUGGUGCUGCCCACCAUCAAGCAAUACUUCCACGCUGGAGGGAACGGGCUGAAGAAAACGUUCCUGGAGAAGAGCCCUGAUCUGAGGUCUCUGAAAUACGCGCUCAGCCUUUACACUCAACCUACAGAUGCCUUGAUCAGGAAAUACAUAUGCACCCAAACCGCUCAAGGUCAGUCCUCCAGCGGAUCGGUGGGGGAGGUGUCGAUGCAAGUGGAUCUCGUCUCUCACCCCGGCACGGGGGAGCACAAAGUCAGCGUGAAGGUGGUGGGCGUGAACAACCUCAGCUGGCAGACCAACGCCAUGUUCCGGCCCUUCGUGGAGGUCAACGCCGUGGGCCCGCACCUCGCCGACAAGAAGCGCAAGUUCAGCACCAAGACCAAGAACAACAACUGGUCACCAAAGUACAACGAAACAUUCCAAUACAUCCUGAGCAACGAGCACGGCCCCGAGGCCUACGAGCUCCACGUGUCGGUGAAGGACUACUGCUUUGCGCGCGAGGACCGCGUGGUGGGCAUGACGGUCAUCCAGCUGCGGGAGCUGGCCGACAAGGCCACCUGCUCGGCCAGCUACCCCCUGAUCAAGAGCAUCUCCAUGGACGACACGGGCCUCACCAUCAUGAGGAUACUGUCGCAAAGGACCAACGACGAGGUGGCCAAGGAGUUUGUGCGGCUCAAGACGGACGUCCGCUCAGCGGAGGAAGUGUCGUAAUAGGAGGAGGGGGGUGGGGUGGGGGGGGGGGGGGGGGGGAUUGGGUUUGCGAGAUGCAGUGUCAAAAGCGUUGUGUUGUCUUAACCCCGUGCUAGAGACAGAGAGACAUAGAGACAGAGAGAGGGAGAAGAGAGGCCCUACCUCUGAAGCCGGCCUAUCCAGACGUUCUGGAGACAUUAGGAGACAUCCAUUGUCCAAUCAGUGCUUGAGGACGCCCCAAUCGAGACAGAAACAGAGAGAGGGAGAGAGACAGAGAGAGAGGGAGAGAGAGAGAGAGAGGAGGAGGAGAGGCUGAGAGAAACGUGUUUGUUUGUUUUUGUGCAUGUGCGUAAAACAUCUGUUGGAAUGUUCAUUUUAAACUACAAGUAUGUACAAGUGUUUACUUAACGUAUGCUUCCUAUUAAGUAAUAUAUUCUACGAGUUAUGUUAACGAGACGAAGAUAAAAAUACCCUUUUGUACAACAUUUAGUCUUUUUGAACAGAGAUUUGUUCCAAGUGCCAAACCAGUUAAAAAAAAAGACAAAAAAACAUCAACAUAAACAAAACAAACGUAUAGUAAUGAUGGUGAACUUAGUAUGUUUGAAAAUUUGCUCGAUUAUUUGGUGCGGUGUUAAGUCAUUCUCUGGGCGUGUGGCGUUUUAAUCGUUGACGAGUCCGUUCAUUUGUACCCCCCUCCCUGGUUCUCUGCUUCAUGUGUCCUCCAUGGAGCACUGUUGUGCAUGUCCCGUUCUCAACCGUGUGUCUCCUGGCGUGACCCCACCGUGACCCCCAACUGGGCAGGGUACUACACUCUGGCCUCCUCCAAACUCUUUGUAUUUUAAGUACACCUGGGGAGAGAAAAAAAAAGAUCAUUUUUUUAAACAACGGCGAUGACUGCUAUGUAAAACUUCAUAGGUGUUUGUAAUUUUAUAACCAUGACAACAAUAACAGCCUCCAAGUGCUAACAGUCUUAGCAGAAAGGAUGGAAUUCUUUUAUUUUCUUCGUUUUUUCCUUCCUCUUGUUCGUUAUUAUUUUCCCAUUCCUGUUUGGCGAAUCUGCUUCCAGCCUUUCUGAAUGACCACUGUGAACAUGCGCUUGGGAAGGGAAACCAUCUUUAUCAUUGCAACAACAGUUUGAUAGUUUGAUAUUCCAUAUUUUAUGAUUCUACUUUGUUCCUAAGAAACUGCCAAAGUCACAUAAAAUGUUUGUACAAACGCAACCCAUUACCUAUAUGAAAGAUAUAUAUGUACAUGUGAUCUAUUUCGUUUUUCAAUGCUACAUAUCUGAUUGUGGAUAGGGUGGAAUUUAUUUUUUGAUUUUAUCGUGAAGCUGUUAACCAAUAUGAAAGUUGCACAUGUUACUUUGGAAAUUAGUUACAUCAGCUUCUGUCAUCUGAUUUUAUUUUUCUUCAUAAAGGAAAGAGUCUAACAUUUGGUAAAUAUGCAACAUUCCUAUGUACUGCACUGAUGGCGAAUUGUAUGUCAUGUAAAUAUAUUUAGUGAGAUAUUGUACGAAAA